CAAGGUUGUAAAGAGAAAGCGCGGUCGGGUUUGAAAGUCAGUCACUUUUUGUCAACAUAAUCAACACGAAAUUAUGAAAAAGAAAAGAUCCGUUGCUACUGAAUUAGUUCAACGUGCUUCAUCUAUAUUACCAGCAUUUACUGAUAUAUUUGAUGAAGAAACAUUUUAUAUAUUUUUUAUUUGUCUUGUUAUUUUAUCAUUUAUUAUAGCAUUUAGUAUAGCUAAAUAUUUUGAUGUAACAAUUAAAGAUGCAGAUCAUUUAAAAUUAACUAAACGACAAAAAACAAAACGACACUAUUCCAUAAAUCAACAAAAAUAAAAAAAACUUAUUGAUUUGUUUUCUCUAAACUUUAUUGUUGUCUUUUUUUUCUCGUUUUUUAUUUUGUCAUUAUUACCUUAGAAAUAAAAACAAAUAUCUCCCAACCCCACCUCCACCCCCCACACUCCAUCCCCCGUCCGCAACUAAUAGAUAAUCAUAGUUAAAGUCAAUGAGAUACAUUUUUUUUCAUCAAAAUAUACAAGGUAUUCUGUGUUUGUUUAUUUGUUUGUUUUCAUGAAUUGUAUUGUAUAUAUUUAAUCUAGUCAAUUGAAUACUCUUGUUUUUUUUUUAAAUAUUAAAUGAUAUUCAUUUCAUAUUUGUGCAAUAUAUUCAAUGUGAAUGAAUUUGCUUUUUAUUUUUAUGGAUAAUCAAUUUAUAUUUUACUACUAUGAUCUAAUAUUCAUUAUAUAUUGAUUUGAUUAUAUUGUUAUUCAAGGAUUAAACAUUAGGUUAUUUACAUCAAUAAGAAAAUGAGUAUGAUUGUUUUGUUUUGUUUUUGUUUUUUUUAAGAUGAAAUAGAAAUACAUAUGAUCUUU